CAAAAAAUACAAAAAAAAUUAUUAAAUACACGCCAACGACUGAACACAAUUCGGUCAUAGGAAAUUUAGUUUGGAAUCUAUACCUAAACCUUUUUAGCCGCAAUUUGUACACGCCGUUUUUUGUAAUGUUCUUGCUUGAGUCGCCGCUCAAUCGACUUGGGCUAUUAACGCAUCGAUUCAUUACAUUUCAAUAUCGCAACCAUUUCUUCAAAUGGCCGCCAAAGGCUGUGAAGAGUGCUCCGCGCUUGCAGGUGGCAAAGGCAACGGCACGUGAUAAAUCAGUUGAGACGAAUCCAGUCAAUCAGCCAACGCCGCUCGACGAGAAUGAGCCAAAGCUGGCCAAAAUGAAGGCGGUGCCGCCGCCCAGCUUCAAUAUCAAGGAUCAGCGCGACAAAUGGCUGGCCAAGGUGUCGCCCCAAUUGCAGCGCAGCAAACGCAAGGCCAACGCGCCAGCGGACGGAAGCGGCGGAAAACACGGUCAGCCGGGCUUGGGACCGGGGCCGGGGCCGGGGCCAGCGGUGCACUCGCCUAUGCCCGCUCACCUGAAUAUGGAGGGCAAUGCCCAGACCUUUGGCAUUCCCAAGCAAUUUCAGCCUCCUGCCUGGCAGCAGCAGCAGAUGCAGAUGCAGCACCAGAAGAAGCAGCCGCAGCUGCAGCAGCAGCAGCAACAACAGGGGCCCGGCGAGGACUCGGGCCGAGGGUCAGCGGACCGCAGCUCCUGGGUGAAUCGCAUGCACGGUGCACAGCAAUCGAAGCAGGCCCAAUGGCUGAAGGACAUGAAGGCCAAGCAGCAGGCUGGAUGCGAUAUACAGCAGCAGAAGCUGCAGCAGAUAAAGAUACCCUUGCCACCGAAGCCGCUCGGGAAAAGUCCAGCUGCAGCUAUGGCGAUGACUGCGGCCGCCGCUGCCGAGCCAAAGCCGGAGGAGCCACCAGAGCCAAAGACGCCGGAGCGGAUUGCCUACCUGGAGGCGGUCAAGGUGCUCAACAACUAUCAGAUACACGAGCCCACAGCCGGGCGCGCCCAGUCAAAGUCGAGCAGCCUCAGCGACAAGCUGGAGCCGAACAUCGAGCAUACGCUGCUCUGCCUCAGCCAGACGGGCUUCGAGCGCGAGCAGCUGGAGCGCAUACCUGUGAUCCAGGUGGCCGGCUCAAAGGGUCGCGGCUCCACCUGCCUGCUGGUGGAGGCCAUUCUACGUGCUCACGGCGUCAGGACGGGCGUGCUCAGCGCCCCGCAUCUCUUUCUGACCAACGAGCGCAUACGCAUCGACGGCGAGCCGCUGCCCGAGGAGCAGUUCACCCAGCUGUUCAACCAGCUGCAUGCGAAACUGGCGGAGAUGCAGCCGCCGCCCAGCUACACGAAGCUGCUGACUGUGAUGGCCUUCCAUGCGUUCCGCAACGGCAACGUGGACGUGGCCAUUGUCGAGGUGGGCAGCGGCUGUGCCAGCGACUGCACCAACAUCACGGCGCAUGCCCGCACCAUCGGCAUCAGCACCUUGGGCUGGGAGCAGAGCUUCAGCCUGAGCAACUCGAUGCGGGACAUCGCCUGGGCCAAGGCGGCCAUCAUAAAGCCGGAGGCGAGCGUCUACACCAGCGCCAGCCAAACGGAGUGCUGCGAGGUGCUCAGCCAGCGGGCCCAGCAGGUGGGCGUCCAGCUGCACCGCGUGCCCAGCUACAUCGACUACAUGGAGGCGAACAUGGAGUGCAAGAAGCUCUUGUCCGGCGCCAACUACACGGUCAAGCUGAACGGCUCGCUGGCCAUCCAACUGGCCUACGACUAUCUGCGCCGUCACAAUCCCGAAUAUGUCGUUGGCCUGGAGCACAACAGCCUCCAGCUUACGCCGGGCGCCACUCGCGGCCUGGAGAUGUUCGAGCAGCGCGGACAGUUCGAGGUGAUGAAGUACGACAUGUUCAAUGUGUAUCUGGACAGCGCGGACACUCUGGAGAGCAUGAUGAUGUGCCGCGAGUGGUUCUAUACGCGCACCCGCAGCAGUCGCUCGCCCAAGAUUCUGCUCUUCAGCAAGGUGAACGAGUUCAAUGCCAAGGAUCUGCUCACGAUCCUGAGGCACAAUGUGCGGUUCGAGGAGGCCGGCUUUGUGCCGAGCCCGAAUCGCUUCGAGGGCGAGGCGCUCGAGGAGCAGGAGGAGUGCCAGGAUAAGGAAGUGCAGGACGCCAUCAACUGGCACAGCAUGGAGGAGCUGCAGCGCGCCCGACGCAACGCCAGCAACUGGCGGUCCCUCUGCGAGGAGAACGGCUCCAGGGACAACUCGCACAUGUCCAUCUCGAUAGAGGCGUUCUUCGACCAUCUGAAGGAGAAGUACGGCAAGCAGCGGUACGGCAUGCGAAAUGAGCUGGAUGUCCUAGUGACUGGCUCCCGGGAGCUGGUCGCCGGCACCAUACAAUUGAUCCAGAAACUGAAGAACAAGGAUUUCGGCAAAUGGCGCUAAGAGACACACCAAACAAUACAGAUUCGAACCACG